UCUGCUUUGACUAUGUCACUCUACCUCUGAUCUUUUCCUCUCAAGUUUUUAUAUAGUAUUUUGUGUGACAAAUUGUAGAUAAAAUCUGCAAACUUCUUGGCUUUUAUUGUUUGGAUUAAAUCCAUAAUUGUUUUUAAUUGUUUAUGUACUUCUGUGAUGGUGUGUUACCUAUGAAGUUUGUGUCACAAAUCACUAAAAGAAGAAUGACUACUAGACAAAGUAAUGAAGAUGGUCUGGGAGGGGGAGAGAAGAAGAGAGGAAGAGGAAGACCCUGCAAGCGCCAUCACGAGGAAGACUCAGGACCUAUUCCCAACAAGUGUCCCAGAGCCAACUCGUCUGAUAAGUCGGUCUCCUGUGAAGUCAACAGACGCAACAGUCAAAGUCCCAGCACCAGCAGCCGAAGCCGUACUCGUUCCUUCAGCAAGUCUUUGGAAGCAGAACCCAUUAUUAGUCAAGUAACAACAGCUGCAUCCACUAAUUCGAUUGAAAAUUCAGUGGAGAAUCACACAGGAAAUCACAGUGGUGGAAAGAAGAAGAAAUCUAAAAAGAGGAACUCUAAAUCACCAAAACAGCCAGCAAAGAUAACAAUCUCAGUACCUGUUCCAGCUACUACUAGGCAGGGGCGACACAGCAAGGACAAGAAACGAGAUCAUAGUGAGGAGAGUAUUCAAAGUACUGCUGUCAUUCAGGCUGAGUCUGAAGCCAGUACAAGUAAGAGCAAGAAAAAGCGAGACUCUAGUACAUCAGGACGCAGCAACAAAGCGAACUGUCUGAUACGCAAACAAUAUCCUCUGCGCAGUCAUUCUCGACUGCCUGACGCACCCACCCUAAUAUCCACCGAGACACUGGGCGGGAGUCAGUGGAGCGGAGUGAGCAGUGGGGUGGCGCCAGCGUCUCUGCGACGCAGUGCUCGCAGUUCCACCACGGGCUCCUGUACAUCUACAAGCCGUCGGUCGUCGCGCGGGGGUGUGAAGCUGGCUCUGGAGUGCUCUGGGGGUGCCAUGUCAGGCCGCGACGAUGCCACUCCGACCCCUCCCACUCCCACCCCCGCCUCGACCGCCCCAACCGAUCACGACAACGCACAGUCUGCACCAGCGGUUAGUGGGCCAAGCAGUGCUGAGAGAGACAGUGAGAGUGAUGACAGUGAGGUUGGUCGGCUGCAAGCCCUUCUGGAGGCGCGAGGGUUGCCCCCUCACCUGCUCGGAGCUCUAGGGCCCAGGAUGCAACAUCUACUACACCGUAGUAUGGGUGCCAGUUCUUCUACAAAGGCUCAACAAUUGCUGCAAGGGCUACAGGCCAGUGGCGAUGAGGGCCAACAGCUGCAGGCUGUCAUUGAGAUGUGUCAGAUGUUGGUCAUGGGCAACGAGGACACCCUGGCAGGAUUCCCUGUCAAGCAAGUGGUACCAGCUCUCAUCACCCUGCUCACCAUGGAACACAAUUUUGACAUGAUGAACCAUGCCUGCCGAGCCUUGACGUACAUGAUGGAAGCGCUGCCCCGCUCAUCUGCGGUGGUCCUGGACGCUGUGCCGGUGUUCUUGGAGAAGCUGCAGGUUAUUCAGUGUAUGGAUGUUGCCGAGCAGAGUCUCACUGCCUUGGAGAUGUUGUCCCGGAGACAUAGCAAGGCCAUCUUGCAAGCGCGUGGGGUGUCAGCUUGCCUGAUGUAUCUCGAUUUCUUCAGCAUUAAUGCCCAGAGAGCUGCCCUUGCAAUCACAGCCAACUGCUGCCAGAACCUGCAUGCUGAGGAGUUUCAUCUGGUUUCCCAGUCCUUGCCCCUCCUAGCCUCUCGGCUUACGCAACAGGAUAAGAAGAGUGUGGAGAGUGUAUGUCUUGUGUUCAGCCGACUUGUUGACAGCUAUCAGAAUGAUACAAGCAAGCUGGAAGAGAUUGCCAGCACUGAAUUGCUCACAAACCUUCAGCAACUUCUUGUGGUGUCUCCUCCUGUGAUCAGCACUGGUACGUUCAUCACAGUGCUGCGGAUGUUGUCAGUGAUGUGCAGCAACUGUCCUCAACUGGCUGUUAUCUUGCUUCAUCAGAACAUAGCUGAUACUUUGUGCUACUUGCUCACUGGCCUCACUGCCGAUGCCAUUGGAGAAGAGGUGGAGCUGAUAUCGCGUAGUCCCCAGGAGCUGUACGAGAUGACAUGUCUGAUCGCAGAAUUGAUGCCAGUGUUGCCAACUGAAGGGUUAUUCAAGGUGGAUAUUCUGUUGGAGCGAGCCAGUCCACAGACUCAAGCUGACACUGUGACAUGGCAGUGGCGUGAUGAUCGUGGCCUAUGGCACCCGUAUAAUGCAGUUGACUCUAGGAUUAUUGAGGCUGCUCAUCAAUCUGGAGAGGAUGAGAUGAGCCUAUCAACGCUGGGUCGAACGUACACUGUGGAUUUCCAUUCCAUGCAACAGAUUAACGAAGAUACUGGCACGUCCAGACCUGUCCAGCGGCGAGUAACCCCACCUCACCCUCCCUCCACUCCCUCUACUCCCUCCAGUGAUCUGGUCACCAACAACAACAGUAGCAAUUUCUUUCCGGAAGGAGAUAACCUCAGCAGUGAUGCCGCUGCGUUUGUACGCACUCUCUUCAAUGUGCUGUACGAAGUGUACAGUAGCUCAGCAGGACCAGCUGUCCGUUGUAAAUGCCUACGUGCUAUUCUUAGAAUGGUUUUCUACGCUUCACCAGAACUUCUUCAGGAAGUUCUCAAGACUCAGGUAGUUUCUAGUCAUCUGGCUGGCAUGAUGGCCUCACAGGAGCUGCGUAUAGUCGUUGGAGCUCUGCAGCUAGCAGAGAUCCUCAUGCACAAGUUGCCAAAUGUUUUCUGUAUUCAUUUCGCCCGGGAAGGAGUAAUGCAUCAAGUAAAACAGUUGGCAGAUCCUCAUGUGCCCAUUUCUGCCUCCCCACCCAAAGUUAACCCACCGACCCCCACUAUAUCUUCAGCUGUCAACCACGGCGCCGGACCUUCCACUUCUAAUGGUGCUGUUUCAUCCUUGUCAGGUGGCAGUCACUCGGCAUCCCUGGAGCUCCGAAGGCUUUCCCAACACCAGGACUUGCUACUCUCUGUCGAUGAAGCUCGCUCGAACAGUCCCCAUUUGGAUGUGCUGAAACGCAAACGUACAAGCAAGCGAGGAUCUACUGCCAGUCGUAAGACUCGCCAGGAACAUUUAGACCUACAAGACCAGCUACAGGACCUUUUCUCUAAAGCAACUAGUAGCCUAGGGUCAGGCAGCAGGUCAAGACUGUACGGCAGUAGCAGCAGCAAGACCAGUAGUUUCUUGGCUAGUCUCAACCCUGCCCGCUGGGGUCGCACUGAUAGACACUUGCACAAGGAGAACUCAUCGUUGUCUAAGUGUGCCAGCAAUGCGAACCUGAGUGCUGGCAACAGGGAGAAAGCUCGUCUGUGGGUGCGGGAGAGAGCCCAGUGCUUCGUGGAUGCCUACAAGAACAGAAGUGAUGUGCCUGUAACCGUAAUUGUGAGACUGACUGAAGCAAUCAACCAGCUGGAUUCCCAGGGCCAAGGCAAUGAUGUGGAGACACUAGAAGCACUAAACCAGCUGAAGGAGAUAGUGAUGGCGUCUGAUAUCUCCCCUUUUGAGGUGAACCACAGUGGAAUGAUCCAUUCCUUUCUACAAUUUCUGACUCGGGCCUCGGACAGUAAUCGAGAUGAUCGUCUACGGGCCUUUCUGCAUGUUUUUGCCAACUGUCCACUGGACGGUUGCAGUUCUAUCUGUGAUAUAAAUGGGAGCUGUCUGUCUGCUCUGGUCACCAAACUCAGUGGCUGCGUGUCCCAGUUGGAACAGUUCCCUGUUAAAGUACACGACUUGCCUGCUGGCACCGGUAGUACCACUGCGCUCAAGUUCUUCAAUACCCACCAACUAAAGUGCCACUUACAACGCCACCCUGACUGCACCACCCUAAAGCAGUGGAAGGGAGGCACAGUUAAGAUUGAUCCCCUAGCGCUUGUUCAGGCCAUAGAGCGCUAUCUUGUUGUCAGGGGAUAUGCUCGCAUCAGAGACAAGGAGUCAGCGGAAUCAGAUGAUGAUAACAGUGAAGAAGAUAUCGAUGACACUUUGGCUGCAGUUGUGAUAAGCCAAGGAGCAGCUCGACACAAACUACAGUUUGUCAUCGGCGAGCAAGUGUUGCCAUACAACAUGACAGUGUACCAGGCCAUCCGACAGUUCUCUCCGGCAGCUGGCAAUGACCAGUCCGAGACUGACACUGAUAGUGAGGCCCCACUUGGGAGUGCCAACAUCUGGGUCCAGACUCACACAGUCUAUUACAGGCCUGUACCAGAGGAUGACAACUGUAAUGCAAAAGUUGGUUCAUCAUUGGUAUCCCCUCGCAAAGGCAAGUCCAGCAUCAAAGUCACACCAUUCCGCAGGAAACCGGACGAGCUUUGGACAGAAGGAGUAGUGCCAGCCAGCAAGUCACCUCUAGAUGCCUUUCUUGUGCCCAAGCUGCCUGUCACAGUCUCUAUCCACGACCAAUCUUUGUCAGUUCUUUGCCUGUUGAGAGUCCUGCAUGCGCUCAACCGCUUCUGGUACACUCUAUACAACGGAUUUGACGCAAAACCUAUUCUUCCCCAACAGGAAUUUGUCAACAGCAAGAUAGCAGCAAAGGCCAGCAGACAGUUACAGGAUCCUCUUGUUAUCAUGACAGGAAACUUGCCCUCCUGGCUUCAGCAGAUUGCAACAGUUUGUCCCUUCCUGCUGCCAUUUGAGACUCGGCAGCUACUCAUGUAUGCCAUUGCAUUUGAUCGUGACCGCGCUCUGCAGCGCCUGCUGGACUGCUCACCUGAGCUUGCCACCUCCGAUUCUCAGGAGAGAGUGACGCCCCGCCUGGAUCGCCGCAAGCGUACGGUCUCGCGUGAGGACAUACUCAAGCAGGCUGAAGCAGUCAUACAGGACCUGGCUUCCAGCAAAGCUCUCCUAGAAGUGCAGUAUGAAAAUGAGGUGGGAACCGGGUUGGGCCCGACCCUGGAGUUUUACGCCCUGGUCUCCAAGGAGCUGCAGCGCUCUGACCUGGAGCUGUGGGCUGGCAGCCAUUCUGGCACUCAUGUCUUUUCACCUUCAGGCCUGUUCCCUUCACCCCUCGGUCGAACCACCAAGGUAUCACACACCGUCCGUAUCCGGUCCAAAUUUCGUUUCCUAGGAAAAUUUAUGGCCAAAGCGGUCAUGGAUUCAAGAAUGCUGGAUUUGCCUCUGAGUGUUACAUUUUACCGUUGGCUGUUGGGAGAGGAGAACACUCUAGGGUUAGCAGACUUGGCUCAUGUAGCUCCAGAUGUUCAUCGCACUCUGGUCAAGUUGCAAGCUGUUGUACAUCGUAAACAGACCCUGAUCGCUAACCAGAAUCUUACCAUUGAACAACGAAAUAAACAGCUGGAAGAUUUGGGUCUGGAUGGAUGCAGUAUCGAAGACCUAGGUCUAGACUUCACGUUGCCAGGCUACCCAGCCAUUGAGAUGAGGCGUGGAGGCAAAGACAUUCCACUCACUAUACAUAAUUUAGAGGAAUAUAUUAAGGUAAUAUUAACCAUUAAUAUUUGUGUAUGGUAAAGUGUAAGCUUUGAU